GGAUCUGGUCACUGAAGCCCCCGCUGCUGUUGGGCUGGAAUCCAAGAAUGAGCAAUGAUGCUAGACCACCCAGCGACCUGCCGGCUGCAGACGCAGAGCUGGCCGAGGCAGUCGAGCAACGUAAUCUCGAACGCGUGCAAAGUGCAAUUCGGGCAGGCGCCAACGUCAACCGAGCAAUCCGCGACCAAACAACCAAUCCCGAGGUCACAUGCUCGCUCUUGCACAUUGCAUGCAGGAGAGAUUUCGCAGAUAUUGCUCGCGAGCUCAUACAAGCGGGUGCUGAUGCAUCGAGUCGGGUCGUGUCUGGACCAACCGAGGGCGAAACGCCGCUGAUUGCUGCCUGCAGGAGCGGGCAGCGAAUGGCAGUCCAGGAGCUCAUCCGUGCGGGCGUGGAUGUGAAUUACAGCAUGCGCUUGAACGGAACUGCGCUCGCAAACGCUGCCGCCAUGGGCCAUGCGGCAAUUGUGGACGACCUGCUGCGAGCAGGCGCCAAUCCCGCCGACCCUGCCAAUGCCAAAAUGUGCGAAUGGGUCUUUCAAAACGACCAGCUGGAGAUUGGAAUGACAUUGGCCAACGCGGGAGCACCCUACAAUGCCGAAAAGGCGCUGUGCCUCGCCGCCGACGCCAACAAGUUCGAAAUCGUGCACGACCUGCUUCAACGAGGCACAAACCCGAAUGUCAAGAAUCGCUACGGGCGAACCAUUCUUCAGGAGCUUUGCGGCGGCCCUUGUGAUGCCGGCUACAUUGACGUCGUGGUUGCGCUCGUUCGGGCGGGAGCUGAAGAUGUCGACGACAAAGCUGUUGAUUUUACUGCUCAGGCGGGCCGUCUGGACGUUCUCAAGGAGCUGAUGGAACGUAAAGCAAGUAAACAACGCUAUCUUAUAGCCUAUGUGAGCGCUGCCGCAGCAGGACAGGUCCAUGUGAUUCGGUGGCUUCUCAGCAAGAACAGGAAUCCCGGGGCUCUUCUCCGCGCACUCUACAUGGCCGCGUUUGCCGACAAGCUCGAGGUGACGGCCGUGCACAAUCUGUCGUUCCCAAUCGUGGAAUUACUUCUUCAGCACGGGGCCAAUCCCAAUGCAACCAUGUCAACCUCUACGAUGACGCUGCUGCACUAUGCAUACGAUGCCUGA